AAGGGGGGAAGGACAUAGGAAAGAGGGAUGCCUACAUUCAAUCAAUUGAUUCGUCAUGGUAGAGAAGAAAAACGGCGCACGGACCGUACUCGAGCUUCGGAUCAAUGUCCCCAGAAGCAAGGAGUAUGCCCGCGUGUUCCGACGAGAACACCGAAAAAACCAAAUUCAGCUCUACGUAAGAUAGCCAAAGUACGGUUGAGCAAUCGACAUGAUAUAUUUGCUCACAUUCCAGGCGAGGGUCAUAAUUCGCAGGAACAUCCUAUAGUCUUAGUCAGAGGAGGUAGAGUGAAAGAUUCGCCAGGUGUGAAAUCCCAUUGUAUUCGAGGAGUCAAGGAUUUGCUGGGAAUUCCGGAUCGCAGAAGGGGCAGAUCUAAAUAUGGUGCAGAAAGACCAAAAUCGAAAUGAAUGGAAGAUGCCUCUGGAAUGUCGU